AUGGAUCCUACGGGGUCUGAUUCUCACGAUGAGAAGGGUGCUUCGAAAGAGGAGCAGCCCAUCAACUUUGAAGGGGACCAUGGCGCUGACACGGAGCUUCGCCGUCUGCUCAGUACCCGUCAUCUGACCAUGAUUGCUCUGGGCUCUUCAAUUGGUAUGGGUCUAUGGCUUGGAUCUGGAAAGUCCCUCUCCUCUGGCGGUCCAGCUGGUAUCUUCAUCGGAUAUGUCCUUGCCGGGUCGAUGAUCUGGUCUGUUAGCCACUCUAUCGGAGAAAUGGCCGUUAUGUAUCCGCUCCCGUCUGCAUUCGUCCAAUGGACUGGGAAGUUCGUCGACCCCUCGGCAGCUUUCGCUCUCGGUUGGGCAUACUGGUUCUCAUACUGCAUCACCAUUGCCAAUGAGCUGCAGGGUAUUGUCACAGUCUUGAGUUUCUGGACCGACAAGGUUCCCACCGCUGCAUGGAUCACUAUCUUCUUAGUCGUGAUCGUCCUUAUCAAUGUCUGUGCCGUAUCAGUAUUUGGUGAAGUUGAGGUCGUGGCUUCUAGUAUCAAGUUUGGGUGGAUCUUCGUGGUCAUCAUCUCUAUGAUUGUCAUAUCCGCUGGAGGUGGAAAAAACCACGACGCCGUUGGAUUCCGCUACUGGAACGCAGAGCCCUUUACCCAUGGCUUCAAAGGCUUCCUUAACGUCCUUCCAACCUGCAUCUUCGCCAUGUCCGGCUCGGAGAAUUCAGGCCUCGUCGCCGCCGAAACCGCCAACCCACGCAAAUCAGUCCCUCGUGCCAUCGGCUCCAUCUGGCUGCGUCUCUCCCUCUUCUACCUUCUGGGCUCCUUAAUGGUCACCAUCAAUGUAUCCCCCUACAACCCCAACAUCUUCGGCGGCUCCGGCACCAACGCCAGUCCCUUCGUCAUCGCCUACCGCGACGCUGGCCUCGAGCCCCUCGCGCACAUCAUGAACGCGGUCAUCUUCAUCUCCGUCCUCUCAACCGGCAGUAUCUCUGGCUACGGCGGCUCUCGCACCACCAUGGGCCUCGCUCACCUCGGCAUGGCGCCCCGCCAGUUCGCGCGCGCCGACAAGGUCGGCCGCCCUUGGCUCGGCCUCCUGGCAACCCUCGUUCUCGGCGGCGGCCUCGCCUACCUCAACGUCAACAACAGCGCCUCGAACGUCUUCACCUGGUUCUCGAACCUCACCUCUCUUUUCACUCUGUUCGGCUGGGGCCUGAUCUGCUUGUCCCACAUCCGCAUGCGCUACGCGUGGAAGGCGCAGGGCCGCGAGGUGUCAGAGCUGCCGUGGAAGAGCUGGACCUUCCCAUACGCGGCGUGGUGGGGGCUGAGCUGGUGCAUUAUACUCAUGAUUGUAGAGUUCUACCUUGCGGUGUGGCCGCUCGACGACAAGACCACGGCGAAGAACUUCUUUGCGAACUAUGUGAGUGUUAUCGCGAUCCUGGUUAUUUACCUUGGUGCGAGGGUGUACUAUAGAGGUCCAUGGUGGGUGAACACGAGUGAGAUUGAUUUGGAUGCGAAUAGAAGGUUUUAUGCGGAUAAGGACCCGGAGAGGGUGAAGAAGACGGGGUUUAAGGCCAAGGCAUCGAAGGCGGUGGGGUUUGUUUUCAACUAGGGAGGUGUUAGAGAUCUUGCUUUCAAGAUAAGAGGGACGAGUUGUGGGCGGUUUAGGAAGUUUCGUUUAUGAAGGGCAUUGAUUUCCUGCUUCUAUAUGCAUCAGGCAAAUAAGCCAAUUGCAUCUUCUUUCUUCUAGUACUGGAAGCUUUCCUCAUUCAGGCCUAAGGCUAUAUGCCUGAGGGAACAAUGCUACAGAGACAGGCCCCGAGUCUGUGUACACUAGUUUGCUACUGCUAAGAACAGAUACGAGACUCAUGAUCUACUACUAUAUAUAUGAGAAUCCAUGUGACUGUGCGUCCUUGUGCACUAGCAGACUUUCAAAGUAAUAGGUGAACUGGAAAUGUAGUAGAGGCGUUUGUAAG